GGAGAAGGAGAAUAGGAGAAAAGGAAGGAAGAAUACAUCUCAACUACAGAAGUGAAGACAAAGUUGACAGUACAGACGAUAGAGCAAACAAAUAUAGAAAAAGGAAAAUAAAAGGGACGAAAAGCAAUCCACAAAGUUAGAUGAGACAACAGAUACACUACUCAUCAAUAUGAAGCUAUUUUGCCUGCUGAUACUAGUGAGUCUCACCGUUACGAAGGCUAUGCCUUCUGCAAAGGGCUCUGCCACUCAGGCACCUUUCCUGACCACGCUGUCUCCGACAGAGGGCAAGUCACGCUUCGCCAUGCUGGACGACGUGCGUCUACUGGCUAACGGUCUUCUCCAGUUGGGCCAGAGUUUGCGAGAAUUUGUACACAAGACCAAGGCGCAAAUCAACGACAUCUUACAGAAGCUGAAUAUCUUUGACCGUUCCUUCUACCAGCUCUCAGUGGUCACCAAUGAGAUUAAGGAGGAAGAAGAGGAGUUGAAAAGGACAACAACAUUCCUCAAAGCCAACAAUGAGGAGAUCAGGAACCUGUCCCUGGAGAUCAACUCCAAGAUCAACAGCAUUCUUCAGGAGCGGACGCAGCUCCAGAGUAAAGUUGGAGGUCUGGAGGAGAGGCUCCGGGGCUUGUCUGAGAGCAUGGUCCCCGUGGAGCAGCUCCAGGAAAUAUCUUCACUCAAGGAGGUGAUUGAGUCUCAGGAGAGGACGAUCACAGACCUACUGAAAUCUGUCAGAGAACAGCACGAACAACUCAACUAUCAGAAGAUUAAGAUAAAGAGUCUCGAAGAAAAGCUCAUUUAUGAGACCUUCCAAGACACUUUGGAGAAGCCCACAGAUUCAAACGCUGACACAACACACAUUUUGGGAUACCUCACAAGCAAUGAAACCGACAUCAGCAUGGACACAAAUGACCUGCCUCUGGACUGCAGUGGGCUCAUCGACCGGGGACAGAAGAACAGCGGCAUAUAUACAAUCAAGCCCAAUAACUCAGAACCAUUUUACGUCUACUGCGAGAUGACAAGCGACGGUGCUGCUACAGUAAUUCAGCGACGAUUGGAUGGAUCUGUGGACUUCGACCAGACAUGGGACAAGUACACAAAGGGAUUUGGGGACCUGGAGAAGGAGUUUUGGCUGGGUCUGGAGAAGAUUUAUGCCAUUUCCAGACAGGGAGAGUACAUCCUACACAUCCAGCUGGAGGACUGGAGAGAAGAGAGACGAUUCGUGGAGUACACCUUUACUUUGGACGGCCCGUCGUCCGACUAUACUCUUCACCUGGCGCACCUGUCAGGAAAUCUGCCAGACAUCAUGGGUAACCACACUGGGGUGAGGUUCUCCACCAAAGACAAUGACGUCCACGAAGUCUCCACCUGCACUCGCAACUACACAGGUGGUUGGUGGUUCGGUGCCUGUGGGGACGCCAACCUUAACGGCAGUUAUAUGUGGCUACGCUCCAGGAACCACUCUCUGCGGAGGAAAGGGAUAUACUGGAGGUCUGAGAGAGGGAUCUCCUAUACCCUCAAGUCGACUAAAAUCUCCAUAAGGCCAACAUUUCACUUCCAGUGAUCCUCAACCUUCCCCCAUCCCGGUUACUGUGGUAACCACAGCUGCCACGGUCAGACCAGAAACACUGACCCGUUAAAGACUGAUGAUGCAACCAAUUCAGGCCAAUGACCUGGGGCAGCCAAUUCAGGCCAAUGACCUGUGGCUGCAGAUACACUGCAUGUGUAGUUAGAACUUCAUGUUUCUGUUCAUGUGCAAUCCUAACAUUCACUGAGUCAAUAAUGAUGUGAUCAAAAAUAUUUAAGCAGAUAUUCAAAGCUAGGACAGUUCAGAAUAUACAUAUGCAAAAUUGGUAUCACAUCUGGAUGAAGGACAGGUAUGUUUAGCAUUUUUGUUUAUUAUUUGGGUUAUCAUUCAGCACACUUACCUUUUGUACCCAUAAGCAUUUCAACGAGUAGAUUAGAACGCAUACAAACACAGAGAAUGUAUGUCUUGUUUUUUCAUGUAUUUUAAUGUAAUACUGUGUUUAAGAGGUGCAUUCAUUACUGUGAAACAGCAACAUUCACGGAGUGGGCUGUUUGACCACUUACAUGGCUUCAUUUACAUUAUUGAGUCAUAUUGACUCUUGGCUACUCUUUGAACAUUCAUGACCAUCCUGUAUAUAUUUUGUUGAUUCUAAAAUCUUUCUUUAUCAAAGACUGUCUGGUGCACAUCGUUAGGGAAAUAAAACUAGAGAAUUCAAA